GGCGAAUGAUGAUUCAAAAUGGGCCUGAUAGCUUACAAGUCGGGUGGAGGGUGGAUCCAACUCUGUUUGGUGACUCAAGUAGUCGACUAUUCAUAUAUACGAAUGCAGGUCAAUCUCAUUGUUUCAAUACAAAUUGUCCUGGAUUUGUGACUGUGAACACAGAUAUACCUCUUGGUUCAGUAAUUGGAAAGGUCUCCAUACGUGGAGGGAUACUGGUUGAGGUGGAAAUCUACAUCUUGCAGGACCUAGCUAAUGGAAAUUGGUGGCUUGGAGUUGCGAAUACCAAUGUUGGAUUUUGGCCAAAGAGAAUACUUGACGGCGGAUUAGCAAACUUAGCUUCACAUGCUGAAUGGGGAGGAGAGGUAUUUAGUCCACCGGGCACCCCUAAACCAGCAAUGGGGGGAGGUCAUUUUCUAAUUGAGAGCACCAGUUAUGAUGCAUACUUCAGGAGUAUUGCACUUAAGAGUCCAAGUGGAGGGGAUAUAAAUCCUCAAACAUACGAGUUUACAAGCAGUAGAAAACUGUAUGAUGUGAAAGAUGAAGGAAAUAGGGGGGCUUACUUUGGGCAUGUGGUACUAUAUGGAGGCCCUGCAGGUUCCUAGAAGGAGAACACAAAUUUGGUACUUUUAAAACUUCAUUUUGGCAUGGAUUAAUAAUGUAAAAUUUACCAUUUCUUGUCCUUCUAUAUAUAUAUAUAUAUAAUUGCAUGUAUAGCGACCCCGGUCUUUUCCCAUUUGAUUAUUGAAUCCGGACUUAGGUUCCGUAUA